CGCGAGCCCGCUGGUUGGUCCGCACGGGUCACGUGGCGCAGCAGGGUCGGAGGACGUCAACGCAGCGGGCGGAGCUGUGCCUAGUGCGCGGUGUCCGGGGCCUGUAAGUAGUCGCCCGGCUGUGUCGGGCCGAGCCGAGCAGCGCUGCGGCGUCAUGGACACCUCCGGGAAGCAGGCUGAGGCAGUGGCGCUGCUGGCUGAGGCGGAGCGCAAGGUGAAGAACUCGCAGUCCUUCUUCUCCGGCCUCUUCGGAGGUUCAUCCAAAAUAGAGGAAGCAUGCGAGAUCUAUGCCAGAGCGGCAAACAUGUUCAAGAUGGCCAAGAACUGGAGCGCUGCUGGGAACGCUUUCUGCCAGGCUGCCCAGCUGCACCUGCAGCUCCAGAGCAAGCAUGACGCAGCCACCUGCUUCGUGGACGCAGGCAACGCUUUCAAGAAAGCCGACCCCCAAGAGGCCAUUAACUGCCUGAUGAGAGCAAUUGAGAUCUAUACAGACAUGGGCAGAUUCACAAUUGCAGCCAAGCACCACAUCUCCAUCGCUGAGAUCUAUGAGACAGAACUGGUGGACGUGGAGAAGGCCAUCGCCCACUACGAGCAGUCUGCAGACUACUACAAAGGCGAAGAGUCCAACAGCUCAGCCAACAAGUGUCUGCUGAAGGUGGCUGGCUAUGCCGCACAGCUGGAGCAGUACCAGAAGGCUAUCGACAUCUAUGAGCAGGUAGGGACCAGCGCCAUGGACAGCCCCCUCCUCAAGUACAGCGCCAAAGACUACUUCUUCAAGGCAGCCCUCUGCCACUUCUGCAUUGACAUGCUCAAUGCCAAGCUUGCUGUUCAGAAGUAUGAGGAGCUGUUCCCGGCCUUCUCGGAUUCCCGGGAAUGCAAGCUGAUAAAAAAGCUGCUGGAAGCCCAUGAGGAACAGAAUGUGGACAGCUACACAGAAUCGGUGAAGGAAUAUGACUCCAUCUCAAGGCUGGACCAGUGGCUCACCACCAUGCUGCUGCGGAUCAAGAAGACCAUCCAGGGUGACGAGGAGGACCUGCGCUAGGCCUCCAGCCACUGCCUUCCACCCAUCUGUCAGUCAGAGAGGUGGGGCCCAACACCUCCGCCAGGAGUCUGCAGGCUGAGUGGGUGCAAUGCAGGCCACAUCCUCCAGGGCACCAGUCAGGCUCUGCUGGCUGGAUGGUCACCUAUGCCCGCUGCAUCCCUCACCCUGCCAUUUAUUUAAGCCCCCAAAGGUGUCCUCCUGCCCCGGAAACCCACCUGGACAGAAAUCUCCAAUACAGACCUCUCCGUGUGCUACCUGGGUCAGCAUCCAGUCCCAUCUCCUUACCAGCUGUAUGCUAAGGCGUUUUCUCUCCUACCUUGUCCCUUAGCAGAGAUAAGAAUACAGGUAGCCCUGAGACUUGCUCUUUCUGGCUAGUGCUGACCUCAACCCCUGGAGCUUUCCCCUGCCCCCUACAAUGGCAACCUCUCAGGUUAGACCCAGUUCUGGAACUCACAGGGAGUGCCCGGGCCCUGCCCUACGCCUGCUUCUUUCCCUGCGCUCAGGUCUGUCUGUUGACCUGAAGCUGCAGCUGGCCCAAACAGGACAAUAAAACCUGCCACUUUUGCAUGA